UGAGUGUGCUGACAAGUCCGUUUAGUCACUCAGUAGUGUGCUGGAAGGGAAGGAAGUCUGGUGUGUCAUACGAUCCGUCACCCUGGCUGUCUCAACGUCUCACGUCGUCGUCUCUGCCAAAAUUAUUCAGUUCUGCCACCGCAGUUGUUAAGAGCCACCAUGAGACUGGAAAUGUUGGUGACCACUCUCAUCCUUAACUGGGGGAUCAUGGCAGCGGGAGCCAAGGUGCCCAACAAGGAAGCUGUUGCCUCCUGCACCUUCUCUGACCUGCCGGGGGCGGUCAAGCACCUGGUGAAGGAGGACCUGGCGGCCUGGACCUGUAAUGGUUAUCCCAACAUGGUGUGGGACUCUGGUGAGGUCAUCAUCACGGCCUCCUGUAACUCUCAACAUGAACUGGACAACAAAUGUGUUCUCGCCAGGCCGGAGCAGAAGAUAGGCCAAUGUCCACCGAUAAACAGCCGACCCACCAAUGCUACCCUCAAGUACCAGUUUCAACACAAACUAGACCUAGGACACGAGCAGGAACAGGUAUACGGAGAGUACUAUGAGUGCCUGGGUGACCUCAAGUGGAAGUCUAAUUUUGGGUUCAGAGGCCGCCUGACUCAGUGCUACGCCGGCAAAUGGACUCCAGUGUAUGACGUCUGUGAGGAGGAAUGUAAACUACCCUCCACCUGCUCACAGCUGAGGGAGAUGGGAUUCAACAUCUCUGGGCAUUACUACCUGGUGCCACCUGAAGAUGAGUCCGGUACUGCACAGAUGGUGUGGUGUGACUUGGACGGCCCAGAGGAACAACCUGAAGAAGCACAGUACCUGAAGAAGGCCCCACAAAAUCUGCACCUGAAGGAACCACCAAAGGAAGAAGAGAAGGAAGAGAAGAGGGAGGAAGAGAAGCCACAGCACAGGCAGAAGCUAGAGAAGAGGAAGCAGAGGAAGCAAGAACAACUGAAAAAGAUGGAGAAACUGAAGGAGGAAGAGGAGAAGAAGAAGAUGCUAGGGCAGGAGAAGUACCACCACCUACAGCAGGAACAGCACCACCAGGAGCAGGAACAGAACAACCAGGGGCAAGAACAGCACCACCAGGGGCAGGAACAGCACCACCAGGGGCAGGAACAGCACCAUCAGGGGCAGGAACAGCACCACCAGGGGCAGAAACAGCACUACCAGGGGCAGGAACAGCACCACCAGAGGAAGGAACAGCACCACCAGGGCAGGAACAGCACCACCAGGGGCAGGAACAGCACCACCAGAGGAAGAACAGCACUACCAGGGCAGGAACAGCACCACCAGGGGAAGGAACAGCACCACCAGGGGCAGGAACAGCACCAGCAGGGCAGGGAACAGCACCACAGGGCAGGGAACAGCACUACCAGGGCAGGAACAGCACCACCAGAGGAAGGAACAGCACCACACAGGGGCAGGAACAGGGCAGGAACAGCACCACCAGGGGGAACAGCACCACAGGGCAGGAACAGGGCAGGAACAGCACCACCCAGGGGCAGGAACAGCACACCAGGGGCAGGAACAGCACCACCAGGGGAACAGACACUAGGGGCAGGAACAGCACACCAGAGGAAGGAACAGCACCACCAGGGGCAGUAA